AUGUUGUCUAUCGCAGUUCAACCUCCCGCUAGAGCUCGCCCAGGAGCAAUCUUGUAUCCUCCUCUUAUUGUUCAACUCAGUAGCGAACAUGAUUUGUAUGAACAUCUUGCCGGCUACUGGACCUGUGUUUCGCUCAUCCAUUACGCCAGCGGCCAAGUCAUAUAUGAACAAAUGGAUGGUAAAGCCGCCGAUUCCGCGCAUCCAAUUGCUCAAACCAGAUUGAGGGGUGUUCGCGAUCAAGCAUACUUCUUUUUCCCAGAUCUUGCAAUUCACGCCACUGGCCGCUAUCGUCUUAGAAUCAGUUUGAUGAGAAUGGAUUAUUCUCCCGAGUCAGGUCCAGAUGGUGCAGUUGUUUGCGAUGAACAGGUGGAUACACGGUCGAUUACCGUGGAAGAGUCCGGUCCAAACUAUACUCGACCGAAUUCCCAAGAACGUGCUUUCAUUCGAAUGUUACGGGACGAUGGACAAGAUAUUCCAACUCCAGCUCAUUGA